AUGAAGGGCAAGGAGCGUUCCCCUGCCAAGGCCAAACGGUCCCGGGGCGGCGAGGACUCCUCUUCGGCGCGGAGCGAGCGGAGCAGCAAGAAGCCGAGCAACGGCGGCGGGAAGUCGGCGAGCGGCGGCUCUGGCGAGGGUGGCGGCGGCAGCAGUCGGCGGAGCCUUCACUUGGAAAAGGCCAGCCGGGCCAGCAGCCGCGAGUAUGACUCCGCCACGGUGGGCAGCUCCGGGGGCGGCGGCAGCAGCAGCCGCCACGGUUACAGCAACAGCAGCAGCAGCAGCAAGAACGCGGAGUCGUCCUCGCGGGGCAGCCGCGGCGGCGGCGGCGAUUCCCGGGCGCCCCCCUCCGACUCCGGCAGCAGCAGUGAGUACAAGACGCUGAAGAUCAGCGAGCUGGGCUCUGCGCUGAGCGACGAGGCGAUCGAGGACGGGCUCUUCCACGAGUUCAAGCGCUUCGGGGACGUAAGUGUCAAAAUAAGCCGCCUGCCGCCCGGCACCGGCGCUGGCGACGAGCGGGUGGCCUUCGUCAAUUUCCGCCGCCCCGAGGACGCCCGGGCUGCCAAGCAUGCUCGCGGCCGCCUGGUUCUCUACGACCGGCCGCUGAAGAUCGAGGCUGUCUACGUGGGGAGCAGCAGCGGAGGGGGGAGCGGCCGGCGUCGCGCCAGCCGUUCUCCUGCCCUUUUGGACAAGGAAUCUCCCUACGGAGCCGCAGCGGUGGGUGUUGCAGGUGCGGCACCUGCAGCUAUCAGGCACCCCUCGACUGGGGCUACUCAGAGGGCGCUUUCUCCUGCUGGUGGAGGAGCUGGCUUGGGAUACAGAGACUUCAGGCUGCAGCAGCUUGCCCUGGGCCGCCUUCCUCCGCCACCGCCACCUCUGCCUAGGGAGUUGGAAAGAGAACGAGAUUAUGGGGGCUUCUAUGACCGCGUGAGGCCCGCUUACAGUCUGGAUCGAGUUGCCGGGGUGGCGGCAGCUGCAUUUCGUGGGGUUGGUGGCACUGGAACAGCCAGUGAGGAAGAGAUUAGCCCCGAAGAUGACCAGAGAGCCAAUCGUACCCUAUUCCUCGGCAAUCUGGACAUAUCGGUGACUGAAUCGGAUCUACGCCGAGGUUUUGACCGCUUUGGGGUAAUCACUGAGGUGGACAUCAAGAGGCCAUCCCGAGGUCAAACUAGCACCUAUGGAUUUCUCAAGUUUGAAAACUUGGACAUGGCCCACCGGGCUAAACUUGCUAUGUCCGGUAAAGUGUUGCUGCGUAACCCUAUCAAAAUUGGCUAUGGUAAGGCCACCCCAACCACACGACUUUGGGUGGGUGGUCUGGGGCCUUGGGUACCAUUGGCUGCUCUUGCCAGGGAGUUUGACCGUUUUGGCACUAUUCGCACCAUUGACUAUCGUAAAGGUGACUCAUGGGCUUACAUCCAGUAUGAGAGCUUGGAUGCUGCACAAGCUGCUUGUAGCCACAUGCGUGGUUUUCCUUUGGGUGGGCCAGACCGCCGUCUCCGGGUGGACUUUGCUGACACUGAGCAUCGUUAUCAGCAACCUUAUUUGCAGACAUUGCCACUUCCACCCCCUCCUCACUAUGAUCUGGUAGCAGAGACAUCUGCCUUUGGGGCACAUCGUGGAGCCCCAUCGGAUCCACUCCGAGGUGCUCGGGAUAGGACUCCACCCCUAGUGUAUGGCGAUCGUGACAGAGAUCUCUAUCCUGAGACAGAGUGGGUGCCUCCCCCACCUCCAGUUCGGGACAGGGGGAGCAGAGCAACUGUUUAUGAUACACUAGAAAGUUUGGAACGCCGACGAGAUGGUUGGUCUCUAGAAAGAACUCGUGGGGAAAGGGAGUUAGUCAUAAGCAGUAGGGAUCUACCCAGGAAGCGAAGGCUAGUGGAAGAUGGGGGGCGGCAUUUGGACCGUUCGCCAGACAGUGAACGAUCAUCUUCAUCUCGCAAGCGUCACUGUCCUGCUGCAGCCUCUCCACAAGAUCGUAGUCCUGAGCCAAGUAUGGGCAGAGACCGCUAUAGUAGCGAUGCAGAACGACCAACCUCUCGUUUGCUGUUGCUGGAGCGCCCUUCACCCAUCCGAGAGCCACGCAAGGGUAGCUUGGAGCGAAGCCAGAGUGAGAAGCGUGACCGCAAAAGCUCUGAGAGGGAAAGAAAGCAUCGCACACUUACCACUGCUACCACCCAAGAAUGCAAAAGUCCAGCUAAAAAGGAUGAGCAUGCAUCCGAAGGCAGCAGUGGUGGAGGAUCUCGGCUGAAACCUCCACCUCAAAAGCAACAACUGCAGGAUGGAACCUCAAAGUCUGGGUCAUCCCCCAAACUGUGCCUGGCCUGGCAAGGAAUGCUUCUAUUGAAGAACAGCAACUUUCCGUCUAACAUGCACCUACUUCAAGGGGAUCUGAGUGUGGCCAGCAGUCUCCUGGUGGAAGGAGCAACUGGUGGCAAAGUGGCCCAGCUAAAGAUCACACAGCGCCUCCGUUUGGACCAGCCCAAGCUGGAUGAAGUUACCCGCCGUAUCAAAGUGGCAGGGCCCAAUGGAUAUGCUAUUCUUCUGGCUGUGCCUGGUACCACAGACAACCGUGCCUCAUCUGGGGCUGGUGAAGCUAACACCACCUCUACACAGCGGCCGCUCAGAAACCUGGUGUCCUAUCUUAAACAAAAACAGGCAGCUGGGGUGAUAAGCCUCCCAGUAGGGGGCAAUAAAGACAAAGAAAACAGCGGGGUCUUGCAUGCUUUCCCACCCUGUGAUUUUUCUCAGCAGUUCCUGGAUUCUACAGCCAAGGCCCUGGCUAAAUCAGAGGAUGACUAUUUGGUCAUGAUCAUUGUCCGUGGUGCAUCUUAA